CAAGUUUUGAAUUUUAUUAAGAAAACAUAGUCCAUACAUAGCAUAGGAAAAUUAGUGGGCUUGAAAGCAGACAACAAGAGAAAAAUUUAAAUAUUGCAUAAAAACUGGAAAAAAUAAUAGACAAAAUUAGUGAAGUGUUACGAAAUUAAGGAAUUGUGAAAUUGGAAAAAAAUAUAAAAGUUAAAGAAGACAAAAUGAAAGACCCUCUGAGAAUAGCCAUCAUAGGCCAGAGUAAUUUUGCCGCAGAUGUUUUGGAAUUGUUGCUGGAAAGGCAAUACAAUAUUGUGGGCGUUUUUACCAUCCCGAAUAAGGGCAGCCGAGAGGAUAUCUUGGCUACCACAGCAGCACGUUAUAAUAUUCCCGUUUUCAAAUUUGCAACAUGGCGCCGCAAAGGUGUUGCCAUACCCGAGGUAUUGGAACAAUACAAAUCGGUACAGGCCAAUUUAAAUGUGUUGCCAUAUUGCUCACAAUUCAUACCCAUGGAGGUUAUAGAUGGCGCUGCUUUGGGCAGCAUUUGUUAUCAUCCUUCGAUAUUGCCUCGCCAUCGGGGAGCCAGUGCUAUAUCUUGGACUUUGAUAGAGGGUGAUGAGGUGGCAGGAUUUUCUAUAUUCUGGGCUGAUGAUGGUCUGGAUACAGGACCCAUACUUUUGCAAAAGCAAGUGAAUGUGGAGGCCUAUGAUACUUUGGAUACUCUGUAUAAGAGAUUCUUAUAUCCCGAGGGAAUUAAGUCCAUGGCAGAGGCAGUCGAUUUGGUGGCUAAGGAGAAGGCUCCACGCAUCACUCAAACCGAGGUGGGGGCCACCUAUGAUCCAGCCAUGUUUAAGGAAGAGAAUCAGCGGGUCGAUCUCAAUCAAACAGCUAAGAGAAUAUGGAAUUUCAUAAGGGGUUUGGAUUCGGUACCAGGCGCUUUGGCCACUGUGUUGCAUGAGGAUGGCAGUGAGGAGCAUAUCAGACUUUUUGGGGCGCACUUAUAUUCGGAUGUGAGAGUACAAGAAGACAAGACCUUGCGUUUGAAGGGUCUUAAAAAUUUGGCCUACAUACACGAGAGAGGUUUGCUCAUGGAAGGCACCGAUGGCGCCUUGGUGAAUGUUAAGCGCAUUAAGAAGGGCUCCAAAAUGAUCAAUGCCUGUGAUUGGUUUAAUCUUUCUCAAGCUCCUCAGAUUACCGAUUUCACUGAAGAUGAAUUGGCCAAAAAGGAAGUUUUACGCAACAUUUGGCUAUCGAUUUUGAAAUGUCCCAUAGAAUCCGAAACAGAUUUCUUUGCUGCCGGUGCCGGAUCCAUGGAUGUGGUGCGUCUGGUGGAGGAGUGUAAAGAUGCCUUUGAUGUGCCCUUGGAAAAUGAACAUGUCUUUAUGGCCCCCGUCUUUGAGGAGUUCUUUGGCGAGGUGGUCAAAUCAUUGCGGCAAGGUUCCUCGGGGAGUUCCGCCAAAGUCCAUUUCGAUGGUUUGGUUUUGAAGGCCAAUAAAAAAGAAAUUUCCAUACCUACACAAUUGUUCAUCAAUGGGGAAUUUGUGGAAGCUGAAAAUCGCCGAACUUUGGAUAUCAUUAAUCCCACCAAUGAGGAGGUGUUGUGUAAGGUGGCCUGUGCUUCACGUAACGAUGUGGACAAGGCUGCCGCUGCAGCCCAUAAAGCUUUUUAUGGGCCAUGGCGUCAAGUGUCGGCCCGCCAAAGGGGACAACUUAUGAUGAAAUUGGCUGACCUUAUGGAGCAACACAAAGAGGAAUUGGCCACCAUUGAAUCGGUGGAUUCGGGAGCUGUAUACACUUUGGCUCUCAAAACCCAUAUAGGCAUGUCCAUAGAUGCUUGGCGUUACUUUGCCGGCUGGUGUGAUAAGAUACAGGGUAAUACCAUACCGGUAAACCCGGCCAGGCCAAAUAAUGUGUUGACCUUUACCAAAAAGGAGCCAUUGGGUGUUGUGGGUUUGAUUACUCCUUGGAAUUAUCCUUUAAUGAUGUUGUCUUGGAAAAUGGCUGCCUGUAUUGCCGCUGGCAAUACCUGCCUUAUAAAACCGGCUCAAACUUGUCCCCUAACUGCUUUGAAAUUUGCAGAGCUUACCGUUAAGGCAGGUUUUCCGGCUGGCGUCAUCAACAUAGUCACCGGCAAAGGUUCCGAGGCGGGUCAGGCCAUCUUGGAGCAACCCUUGAUCAGAAAAUUGGGUUUCACCGGUUCCACAGAGGUGGGCAAAAGUGUAAUGCGUUGCUGUGCCGAAUCGAAUUUGAAGAAAUGUUCUUUGGAAUUAGGAGGAAAAUCGCCUUUGGUGAUUUUUGCAGAUUGUGAUUUUGAAAAGGCGGUGAAACAUGGCAUGUCCUCAGUUUUCUUCAAUAAGGGAGAAAAUUGCAUUGCCGCUGGCAGAAUAUUUGUGGAGGACAGCAUCCAUGAUGAAUUUGUUCGUCGUGUGGUCAAGGAUAUACGUUCCAUGGCCAUAGGAGAUCCUUUGAAUCGUUCCACCGCCCAUGGCCCUCAGAAUCAUAGGGCCCAUUUCGAAAAACUCAUAGAAUUUUGUGAGCUUGGCGUCAAAGAGGGAGCCACUUUGGUGUAUGGUGGCCAUGCGGUACCCAAUACCAAAGGCUACUUUUUCCUACCCACCGUUUUCACCAAUGUCGAGGAUCAUAUGUACAUAGCCCAAGAGGAAUCGUUUGGUCCCAUUAUGGUGAUAUCGAAAUUCCAUGGCAGUGAUGUGGAAUCGGUUAUGCGCAGAGCCAAUCGUUCUGAAUAUGGUUUGGCCAGUGGUGUCUUUACGGGGGAUAUUAGCAAAGCCUUGUCCUUUGCCGAUACCAUAGAGGCGGGUACGGUAUUUGUGAAUGUGUACAAUAAGACUGAUGUGGCCGCCCCCUUUGGUGGCUUCAAACAGAGCGGUUUUGGCAAAGACUUAGGCCAAGAGGCGCUCAAUGAAUAUCUCAAGACUAAAUGUGUUACUAUAGAAUAUUAGAAUAAGUUUAUUUUUAUGUUGUAAGUCUAAGUAAAGAAGAAAGAUAAUAAAAAAUAUUUGAUGUAAGAUAAAAUUAAA